AUGCAAAGGUGCAUUCUAAGCUUACUGUAAGUUGGUUUUUGAAGUUUUUAGGUAUAACGUUGUGGCAAAUGUAAAGUUAGGCUUAGUAAGGGCUCAAAAUUAGCGUUUAUUCAACUUUUGUGAAAGUUUAAACUCAAAAAUAUGAACUUAAGUUAACGUAAAAUGCUUUUUCAGAAGUUUGCUACUGUUUUACAUUGCAUCGACAGCUGCAAGGUCGGUAGAUCCACGUGAAUUCCUUCUGGCACAACAUCUGUUUCCACGAAGUAGAGAAGUUGCAGCGUUGUCCAGAAGGUCGAUUGACACAAGCGAACUUGAGGAUGUUGAAGAAGAUGAAGAAACUGUGCUGAAGGUAAGGAUUUUUGUAGUACGAUGCUACAGGAUAUGGUACUGUAGGAAUGUAAUAAAGUGCUGGGUAUUUUAGCUGCAAUACUACAGUACAUGGACUGUAUUGUCAUGCUAUUGUAUGUGGUACUGUAGUAUGUGAAAACAUUACAUUUAGGUCUAGGUAUAAAGGUUUGGGCUUUGAAGAUGAUUUUUUGGCUAGGGCGGGGUAUUGAUUUUUUUUUGACGAGGUGUUGGACCCACUAUUUACUUUUCAUUUUGAAAUUUCAAAAAAUUCGAAACUAUUUUAAAAAUUUUGCUUUUUAGUUACGACCAAUAACUCGAUCGAUGAUGUUGAACGACAGUCCUAUGUCUCCAGCGCAUCGUGAGCGAUUGAUGCGUCUGAAUCGGCCGUAUCCUUCGAUGAAAGCGCCUUCGUUAAUGGACCGUAACUUUGGUCAGGCGAUGAAAAGUAUUCUACUAAGGAUUCAUUAG